GGGUUCGAUGUCGGUGCAUGUGCUCUUCACGUGACCUGGUUAACUCGUGCCGCAUGUAAAGUACGCAGUCUCGACGCGCCUCCUGCAAAUUUACCACCUUGUGCAGCAAUCCAUCCAGCUACGAGGAAGGUCAUCGAUCUUCGUGUUUUAAAUAACACGAAGGGCUACCCGAUGAAUCAAUAUAAAAUCAAUAUAUGCGGCGUUGUUGAAGGUUGUCCAGGAACUUCGUCGAUUUGCAAGAAUGACAAAUCAAAAAAACCAACGAGUUUAGGCAACGUCAAUACUCAACUUCAAUAUCGUCAGGGGUUUCUGUUUCUCCAUUACACCAACGGAGACAUGUGCGUGCCUGAGCUAGGCCGUAAAAUGGAGACGAUGAUUACAUUCAUCUGCGACAGUUCAGCAGGCCGAGGAUCGCCUGUUAUCGAGAAAACAGGCGACUGCACGCAUUUCGUGACAUGGAAAACGGACCUAACUUGUGAAGCCGAGGUUGACUGUGUGGCUCAUGAUGGAAAGACGUUUUACGAUCUCACGCCUUUAGUAAGAAAUAACGCAAAUUAUGAGCUUUACUACGAAAAUAGACGUUUUAUCGUAAACGUUUGCCGAUCGUUGGUUCAAGGUUCUGGUUGUCCUGCUAAUGCCGCAGUUUGUCAAACAGGGAGUAAAAAGAGCUUGGGGAAAGUUAGCGGUCCACCUCGGAUAACGAAAGAAGGAAAAGUCCGAUUGAAUUAUACUGACGGAUCGUGUACAACGACGAUAACUUUCAUAUGCAAUCAAUUAUUGAACGAGCAAGUCAUUACUCAAGCCAAAGGUUGUAACGUGUCUAUUUCAUGGUCGACAACUUUGGUCUGCGCGAGGCCUUAUGCCAAUAACAGCUGCAUAUUUGUGGGGCCCAAAGGCGACUAUUGCUUUGACCUUAGAAAUUUGGGUUGGUCUGAAUCAAUCACCGCCACUAUACCCAAAGGAAACCUUAUCCACUUCAGCCAGUGUGGAAAGCGCAUCAAAAAAUGCGGAAAAGAAGACAAACGUCCAUUUGAAGCUUGCUUGAAGAUGGCUGGUAAAAAUGCGACGAGUUUAAUACGUAAGGGCAUCUCAUAUAACGGAAGUGAGGUCAGAAUUGAUUACGACGACGCCGUUUUGGUCUUGUACUGCGGAGAAAAUCAAAAUUCGAAUACUCCACUCUACAUAGGGCAGUAUGCGGAGGCGAACCAACUGAAGAGGUAUUUGUUCAGUCUGAUCACUCCUGCGGUGUGCCCGCCUCGCCAAUUUGCCUGCGAAGUAAAACACGGGAAAAAAACGUACAAUCUGAACGGCCUUGCUGACCAUAGAGAAUUUUCUGUCAGCCACCAUGACACGGUGUACUUGAUCAGUAUUUGCGGUCAUGUUCGCUUCACCCCUAAAACUGGCGUUUGUUCAUCUCGAGCUACAACAGUACGUAUUAAGGAUGGUGGUGAACCAGAGAUUAUAAGCGUAGAUAACAACUACAGCCUAACUUAUCAAGAAAAUGAAGAAUAUCCCAUUCGUCUUGUAUACAAUGGUAGCCAAAGUAUUGAUCUGUGUGGCGGGAAACUACCGUCUGUUGUCCAUAAGUUCAAAUGUGCUGGAAUAAUUCCUGGGCCAAGUUUUAAAGGAUUUGACAAAACGAACUGCCAAUUUACGUUUUGGUGGCAAACAUAUGAAGCGUGUGCCGAGCAAAGGUCCGCGUUGAGAAAAACGGGAGACUGGCGAUUCAGUGAUAAAAAAGCCGCAAAUUGCGAAUUGGAUUUAUAUUUUCUUAAGAAAGAAAUUCCAAAAUGUGAAAGAAUAACCAGUCUACAACUUUUUGCUCAUAAACAACAAGUCCUCGCCGAAAUCUAAUCCAAGCUAGUGCGCCACCCUCUCUAUCCCUGAUUAAUCUGAUCGACUUUCAAAAAAUCUGCCCAAGGAAUGUAUCUCCAUGCCAUUAUACAACUUGUGGAAAAUCUGUAAAACGAUUAAUGGCAUUUCUUUUGAUUGUCUUUAUUAAAGAU